AUGGCAGCCGGGAAUGAGAUGCAGCUUGAAAAGUUAAUUGAUGAAGCUACAAGAAAAAAAGAUUUCCAAUUAUUAGAACAAUUUCUGGCAACAGAGGACUGUGAAAAUGUCUCUCACAAAUGCAGCAAACAGUUUGUCAACAAAUUAGACAAGCUUCUGUGUCGGGAACUUGACAAACAAGAAGUCAAAAGCAUUUCCACUUUACUAAAUUCUAUUCAGAAAUGUGGGAGAAAAAUCAGCAUAGCAGGAGAAGAUGGGCUUCCAGCAAUGAUAAAAUAUGGUCUUAUUGGAAGGAUGGUUAAUUGGUUUGAAAAGGUAAAAGGAAUUCUGAUCCUCAGAGGAAAUGGAAAGAAUGAAAUGCUUACAAGUCUGGCUGAAGAUUUCUUCAACACAUUGCUGGCUAUAUGUGAUAGCAGACCUGAAGGUAAAAUGGAAAUACUAGAAAACUUUGUUCUGAGAAUGUGUACCCUCAUCACUGAUGCAAGAAUUAGUAUUUAUGUUCAGCAGGAGGUGGUAAGAAAACUUAAUUUAAUGCUUGACAACAUGCCUCGAGAUGCCAGGAAAAAGAUAUUUUCGACAAAGGAAAUGUUUCUUGUCAUGAGUGACAUGGGGAGGAGAAUUUUGGAUGCUGGAGACUAUGACCUGCAAGUAGCCAUUACGGAAGCUUUAUGCAGAAUGAUAUCAGAGAAACAAAGAGGAGAACUGGCACGCCAAUGGUUUUCCAUGGAGUUUGUGUCCAGUGCAUUUAAAGCAAUUAAAGAUUCUGAGUUUGAAACAGAUUGCAGAAAAUUUCUUAACCAAGUGAAUGGCAUGCUUGGAGACAAAAGAAGGGUUUUUACAUAUCCAUGUUUAUCAGCAGCUCUUGAUAAAUAUGAGCUACAGAUACCAUUGGAUGAAAAUCUUGAAGAAUUUUGGAUUGAUUUCAAUGUUGGUAGCAGAAGGAUAUCUUUCUAUGUGGCAGCAGAUGAUGCAGAUCAUCAGUGGGAAACAGUCACGAUACCAGAAGAAGAAGUAGACCUGUACAGCCUUGAAGAAAAAGAUUCAAAGAAAUUAUUAACAAUAGCUCUAAAAAGCCCAAUGAAUGUGGGUAAUCGAAAAGGAGAGAAAAUUUUUUUAUGUUUUGAUUCUAUCUUGGAAAUCAAAGAUAUAACCAGAAGGAUUUAUGGAUUUAGUAAAUGUAAGGUUCUGGUACCAGAAAGUCAGUUGUCACCAUGUUGGGAAGAAAAAUCUAAAGAGGAGAAACUCAGUAAGUACAAAACCCAGCAACUUCCUGGAACUUUGAGGACUCUCAAUAAAAAUAACAGUCAAGAAGAAUGCAGAGGUGGUUCCUCCAAGAUAACCGCAUCUUGUAAAAGGAAAGUGUCUGAAGCAUCCGUGUUUAUUCCUGGAACUACAAGAUUUUCCACAAGGAGUCCACUGGUAUAUGUUAGCACACCCACUCCUUGUAAAGGACGAUUUAAAUUACCUUUGGAAAUGAUGAGCUCUGCUGAAAGGUCUAACAGUAAUGCAAUAAAUGAGACCAGAACAAAGAAUUUCUAUCAAGAACCUACUAGAAAUGAGCAAAGAUGUACACUAGACAAUGAAUUCUGUGAAACAGAACAGAAGAUCAGGAAGUCAAAUACCAGAAAUGAGGCAAAACUACCUAAAAAGCAAAUGUGUGGUGAAGAAGUUUCAGAAAUGAUACAAGAGGCAGAAAUUGAGGCCACACAAAAGCAAACUUUAGAUGAAGUGUUGGAUAUUGUUCCUGACUCUCAACCAGUAGGGAAAACCAAUGAACCUUUGCUGUCUGGUCUUUUGGAGAGUUCUUUUGAUAAAACCAAAACAUGGAAAAAAAGAGCAUGCUCUGUUCCUGAGAAAAAUAUAACAACUGGUGACAAGCAAAAGCUAAAUUCAUCAUUGGCACGUAUGUCCCAUCCAGAUGUUAGUGAAAGAACUGUGAAACAAAAAGCUUUUUAUUCCAUUUUUUGAAGUAUCUUUCUUGUUAAACAAAUUAAAAAAGAGAAGAAACAAGAAAAUUAAAUUGAUAUCAUGAGGGAAGAAAACUGCAAAAUACUUAGUGGACAGUCAGAGUGUUAAUUUUGGAACAGAAACUGUUCAGGGAAAAAUAUUUAAACUACUACUGAAACACCAUUUAAAACAUUUCUUUCAGCUAGAGUGUCCGAAACAUCUUUGCGUUCUGAUUUUACAAAAGGGGAACCUGAUGUUCUCUUUUCUAAAGAGACUGCAAAUCCAAAACAAUCAAAGACGAAAACAAAGUCUAAAGAAAUGACAGAUGCAACAAAAUCACUAAUUAGUAAAAUCAGUGACAGAUACAAAGUAAAGACUGAGAAAAGCAAAGCAAGAGACUCCUUGGGUUUGAACAGGGAUGAUGUCUACAACUUUAACAUCAGUGGGUUUGAUGAGCCUACAAUAAAGCUUGGAACUAGAAACAGUCAAAGCAAGAAGCAUCUCUUUAGUGACACAGACACAGAAUACAGAUGUGAUGACAGCAAGACAGACAUUAGUUGGCUACAAGAAUCAAACAGAAAAUCUAAAGCCCAGUUAAUUGAUUACAGUAGAAAUAAAAUCUUAGGGAAACCAAUAAGCACAGACAAAAAUAAAUUCUCUGAACCUGCUUGCAACGUGGAUAAACCUAAAGGCAAAAAUGCGAAUAAGAAAAAGAUAAGCGAAUCUAAAAAACAGAAUUCAAGAACUGAUGAAGUGACAGAACAAACCACCAGACAACGGCGACCUCGAAGAGCAGCAUUAGCAAAAAAUUACAAAGAACCUUCCAGUUCAGAGUCAGAGAGUGAAAGGAAAUCUUCAGAAUGCACCUCUAAGGAGGAGAAAUCAAAAAUACAUAAACAUAUGAAUGGGGAAAACAAGGAUGAUAAUCAGCAGAAGGAUCUCCAGAAUACUGUAUCUGUGGAGCCAAAGACAGUAGCUAACUAUGUACCUAAAGCAUUUAUUAAAUCAAAGAAUUCUGCAGAACAAAAGGAAAUUGAAACACCUUCAUCUGAGAGUCCUGCAUCUCUUGAGACAAUGAGAUGUGCUGAAAGAAUAUCAGAAGGCGAUGUUACUCAAGAGCAUAUUUAUAGUGAAAGAUCACCUGGUCUUCAGGAGUCAACACCAGAGAAAAGGGAAAUGUUAAACUUUGAGACAGGAAUCUCUUCCAAUAAUUUCUGUCCGCAAAAGAAGAAUAUUCAAAGUAUAUGUCUAAAUCAGUCCCCUGAGAUGACUGUUAAAAAGUUGUCAUUUGGAAAUAAAAGUUUCUCGCCAGUUUUAACUGAAGCAUCUUUGGUAAGACUCAGCUUAACGACAUAUAAAACGGUCAGUGGAAAACAUGAAAAGGGAUCUGUAUCUGAAACAUGUGAUAAUAAUGAAGAUUCAAGUUUCAGACAUUGCUUUUCAGACACUCUUUCUGUUAAAGGAAAACUACAAGAUAUCACUAAACCUGUCACCAAAAGUAAAGAGGAGGAUUGUGUACCACCAUCUCCAUUGUCUGCUUCCAGUGGAAGUAAAGUACAGUCUUGGAGUGUACCUUAUGGCGCCAUACAUGAGUCAGGACCGACUAUACAGACAUUUCUCAAACGAAGGUACCACAGUGAUACAGAAAGCAAUUCUGAUGAAGUAGAAACAAGCAAAGAGGAGGAAAAGAAAGGAAACAGAAGAACAAAGUUACAGCCUAGAAAAUUAUUUAAAACAGAUGAUGCUGUUACUUACAGAGUUUCUGAAAGCAUAUCUACUGUAUCUGUAAAUGAUCUGUCUGUUUUGGAUGGGGAAAUCUGGGAACCUGGUUGUUCAACUAUCAGUAUAUGUCAGAAGCUCCAAAAAGAAUUUACUAGAAAAAUUGAGAGCCGCUCGCGGAAAAUGGAUCAUUUUACUAAGCAAUCAUUAAGAGCUGCCCAUGAGCAUUUGACAACAAUGAGUUACCAGCUUCAUGAAUGCAGGAUCAGGCAGCUGGACAAAUUUCAUUUUGCUCUCCUUGAGGAACUUGAGAAUUUUGAAAAAGAUUCUCAGUCCCUGAAAAACAUGGAAAAAGAAUUCUCGACCUUUUGGAAAAAACAUACACAUACUUUUAGUACAUACAUGAAAAAUGAGCAACAGAGAGUUCAGAUUCUUAAAACUUCGUUUGAAAAGAACAUCUACCAUACUGUUGACUAUGAAGAACAUAUUUUUACUUCAGAGAUGCAUCUGAUGAAAGAAGACAUAAAAGGACUCCAAGAGAAACUUCUUAAAGAAAUGCAAGAAGAGGAACUGUGUAAUGUUCGCAGAGGAUUGCAGACAUUGUUUCAAACAGAAGACAGAAUUCUGAA